UGCGGAGUGUGACGUCGUGAUAGAGUGCAGUGAUAAAGCCAGCAAACUGUUUGCGCCGACGGAAGACAUGUUGACGAUGGAGACCGACCUCAAGGGAGGUAGUUUGCACGGCAACAUACCACCGCACCAUUCGUUGCAAAAUUACGGUUCGCUCAGUGCACUAGGACAAGCGCCGAUGCACGGAUUAACGCAGCAUCCACACCAAAUACAUCACCAACCGCAGGGACCGCAGAUACACCACCAACAGAACCACCACCAAGCGCACCAGCAGCCGACCCAUCAGCCUCACGGACAGACCACGCAAAAUAACAAUAACAACUCGAGUAAGGCGCAAAACAUGGAGAGGGUGAAACGACCGAUGAACGCGUUUAUGGUGUGGUCGAGAGGUCAGAGGCGGAAAAUGGCACAGGAAAAUCCAAAAAUGCACAACUCGGAGAUAUCGAAACGACUCGGGGCGGAAUGGAAAUUGCUCAGUGAGACGGAGAAAAGGCCGUUCAUAGACGAGGCGAAACGCCUGAGGGCGGUGCAUAUGAAAGAACACCCGGACUACAAAUACCGGCCGAGGCGGAAGACCAAAACGCUGCUAAAGAAAGACAAGUAUCCUCUGGGAACGACUUCGCUGCUGCAGGCAGCGGACCCCGCGAGAUCCACAGCCCCCUCAGUGCAGCAGGUCCAGGCCGCGAGGGAGAUGUACCAAAUGCCCAACGGGUACAUGCCGAACGGGUAUAUGAUGCACGACCCUAGCCCUUACCAGCAGCAGUACAGCAGCGCGAACUACCCGCGGUACGACAUGGGGCAGAUGCAGCAUAGUUACAUGAACGGGGGUUACGGAGCAUACGGCCCUGCAACCGUCCCCAACAGUGCUGGCUCCCCCUACGGCAUGCACCAAGCGGGGUCCUCGCACAGCCCCUCCGGGUCGAGUAUCAAGUCUGAACCGGUGAGCCCCAGUUCGGGGUUACACACCCCAACGCCCAGCGGGGUUAAAAGAGAGUACGCGGGCCAACCUCAGCAAGGAGAUCUUCGCCAGAUGAUUUCCAUGUACCUACCCACCGACGGAGGUGUCCAACAUAUGCAACAUCAGUACAGUUCAUCGCCCGACCCCAUGGGCCAGGGGGGCCCCCUGGCGCCCUUAACGCAUAUGUGAGAACCGCUUUUUGUGGCGCAGGACUUGGACGUGUCGCCACUGUGAAAUAACAAGUGUAUAUAAGAUCAGACAUUCAUAUAUAUUUUUCAUUCUGGUUCCUUUAACCACAGCAGUAUUGACGAAAAAACUUAGGGCGGACGACUGUUUUUCAUUCUUCUUCCCUUAUCACGUAAGUGUUGUGGCUUUUGGAAUACUUUGUUACUAUUAUUUUGCUGAAAAUCUAGUCAUUUUUAUUAUUAUACUUUGUUGAGUUUUGAAAAAAUAAAGAAAAAUUAUUUCGUUCGGUUUACGAUCCCAAUAAAUUGAAUUACUGAAAAAGGCAAAAAUAUAUACCUACCUAACAAAAGGACUUGAAUUUCAAUAAUUUAUUUACCCAUGUCAACAAAAACUUUCUUGGAAAUAAUCAAUUUCCUCAAAUAUUUCGGAUUAGGAACUUUAAUAAAUUUUAAUCCUUCUGAGAACAGGUCAAAAUUAUAUUUCAAUGAAUACCUAACCUAAAAGAAACGGAAAGUCAAUAAUCUUAUUUAUUCGAAUAUGGUUAUAACAAAAUAUUUGAUAAUAUAGGUAGGUUACACUAAUUUAUAAUAAAAACGAAAAAAUGACUUCAGCAUUUGGACUAUUUUUGAAGCUGUGAAUACGAAUAAAGUGAUUCAUAGUGAAAAAUCAGCUAAUAAAAAAUGUUUAUGAUAUUCACAUAAAUAUUCAUUUGAAAUAAAUUUGUAAAUUAAUAGUAUUUACAAGCAUUUGCGAAAAAUCAUCAAAAUUAUUAGAAAUGACUCGUCUUUUGUUAUAGGUAUCGUUUGGAAUUAUAAAAUGUUUUUUUUUCAAAGAACAAUUGGAUUAGGUACUUCAAAUAUCUGACUCUAGCUGCAAAAACAAUCCAUAAUUCGAUUUCAGUAUUCGUUUUUUCUUGAUGAGAAAUAGUAAAUUUACACUAUGAGUUUUACUAUAUAUGAUCGCUUAUACUUCUUAUCGAGUAUCAAAAUAAAAAUAAUUUUCGACACUAUCAUAGCUGAAAUGAACUUAGCAAAUUAUAACAAUAAGAGUCGACCUAGAAAUUGAAAAAUCAAUGUUCAUUUGACACUUGAAAAAACAAAGUGCCUGAAUUUUAACGGAGGCCCUUUUUUCCUGCGUCAAUAAUCAUUUUUGUAAAUAGGAUUUUUGUCCGUAUAUAUUGCCAAGUCCACAAAACUUAAAUCAAGAAUGAAAAACAGUUUUUUAUGCAUUCGUGACGCAAUUUAAUUCUCAAUUCAUUCAUUUGUUCAAAUGCAUUUUUCAUAUUCAAUGCUCAAGGUUAAAAAAUUCAAUACUCUUCGAGCGUAUCCAAACAAAACAAAUGAACACGAAUUGACGUUCUUUCCGACGCCAACUGAAAUGCAUGUAUAUGCGAUCUUCGUUUUUUACUAAAGAAUAUACAGGGUUUUGUUUUGAAGAAGCUAGAACAUACAUUUCCGUUUCGCUUCGUAAAGUUGGAAAAUGUUUUUUGUAAUGUUUGAUUAUGGUAAAGUUUUGUUACACGCCAGCAUUACAUUGUUUUAUUUCAAAAUUUUGGAGUUGAAAUUUGAAUUAUACAAGGCAUAUUAUAUUAUUUCGGUACAAAUAAAAGUUUUGUCUAUAGGGUCCAUGAUAAUUACGAAACUGAAGUUAAAAAAUAAUAAACCAUCUUUCCUUUUGUUACUGAUGAAUAUAUCUAUAUAGGUACACUAUAAGGCGUAAAAGGGCGUUUGUAAAAGAAUAACUAAAUUUCGUAUUUAAAUUCGAAAUUCAUCAAAUUUUUGUGUUUGUAAAAAUAUAAA